CUGACGACACUUCCGGCCUAGAGUACACCGUGUAUGACGCAUGCGCAGGAAAACCGGAGAUUGAGAUCUACCGGGGGGCGCUGCUACUAGGGGUGGUAUUAAACUGCCUUGGGCUCGCCUUUCUUCUGCCGUCUAUUGCCGUGUUCAUGACUUACAGAAGUCUACGUCGACAGUUCCGCGUUCGAGUGCACGUGCAGCUGUUUGUUUCCCUGGUAAUGGUGGGCGUAGCCAGCCUCUUGUGGGACGGAGUUAUCCGCCUCGACCGGAUGUCACAUGACCACAAACACUCUCGGCUCUUUACAGAACCGGUUCUUUGUAAGAGUCUGAAUUUUCUUCUUCUCUUCACUCGGUCUUCAGCCUUCUUCUGGAUGUCUUGUGAGGGAUUAUUUCUGCAUCGCCUCAUGGUGAACGCUUUUUCUCCUCCAACACGGUUUUGGGGGUACCUCCUAUACGGAUGGGGUAGCCCCAUGGUGUUGUUCAGUCUUUACGCUGCCUUGAGGUGGAAACUGGCGGAUGACAACCUAUGUUGGUUAACUACAACGUCAGGGGCGGGGCAAAUACUUGUCUGGGUGCUUGUAUUCACUCCAAGCAUUGCUUGUAUCCUGGUCAACGUCGGGUUUCUGUGCAACCUUAUACGGAUAGUAGUGCGUCAGAAACGUGUGCACGGCGUGGAACAGAACAACUUCCGAAAAGCAAUCAGGGCGACGGCAAUUCUGGUUCCUCUUUUUGGAAUACAUCAGUUUUGUCUUAUAUAUAGACCUGCGUCAGAUGACGUCAGCGGAUAUGACGUUUAUGAGAUUAUCAGCGCAUGCGUGCUGAAUUCACAGGGGCUUAUCAUUAGCUUAGUGUUCUGUGUCUUCAACUCAGAGGUCCAGUCACACUUAAUGGAGAGCUUCAAAAGAUGGAAUCGGAAGCACUCAGAACAGGUCCCCUCCGACAAUCGUCGGGUGUCAACAGAUACAUCCCGACGGACAUCGGUAUCUAGUAUUCCGAGGACGGUUUCGUUAACAUCCAUGGGGUGUAUUGGCGAAAUUGCGAAAUUCCAGACCUUGAACGACAAAGGAACUGAUGUAGCUGAGCCAGCAAUUCUAGUUGGCGAAACUAAGGCAAUUGGGAAAUUCCAGACCUUUAAGGAUAAAGGAGCUGAUGUAGCUGAGCCGGCGAAUCUAGAUGGCGAAACUAAUGCAACUCAGAAAUACCAGACCUUUAAGAAUACAGGAACUCAUGUAGCUGAGCCGGCAUAUCUAGUUGGCAAAACUAAGGCAAUUCAGAAAUACCAGACCUUUAAGGAUAAAGGAACUGAUGUAGCUGAGCCGGCGAAUCUAGUUGGCGAAACUAAUGCAACUCAGAAAUACCAGACCAUUAAGUAUAAAGGAACUGAUGAAGCUGAGCCAGCGAAUCUAGUUGGCGAAACUAAGGCAACUCAGAAAUACCAGACCUUUAAGGAUAAAGGAACUGAUGUAGCUGAGCCGGCGAAUCUAGUUGGCGAAACUAAUGCAACUCAGAAAUACAUGACCAUUAAGUAUAAAGGAACUGAUGAAGCUGAGCCAGCGAAUCUAGUUUGCGAAACUAAUGCAAUUGGGAAAUUCCAGACCCUUAAGGAUAAAGGAACUGAUGUAGCUGAGCCAGCAAAUCUAGUUGGCGAAACUAAUGCUAUUGGGAAAUUCCAGGCCUUUAAGGAUAAAGGAACUGAUGUAGCUGAGCCAGCAAAUCUAGUUGGCGAAACUAAUACAAUUGGGAAAUACCAGACCUUUAAGGAUAAAGGCACUGAUGAAGCUGUGCCAGCAAAUCUAGUUGGCGAAAAUAAUGCAAUAGGGAAAUACCAGACCUUAAAGGACCAAGGAACUGAUGUAAAUGAACCACCAAAUCUAGUUGGCGAAACUAAGGCAAUUGGGAAUUACCAGACCUUUAAGAAUAAAGACACUGAUGAAGCUGAGCCAGCAAAUCUAGCUGGCGAAACUAAGUCGAAUGGGAAAUACCAGACCUUUAACGACAAAGGAACUGAUGUAGCCGAACCAGCAAAUCUAGUUGGCGAUACUAAGGCAACUCAGAAAUACCAGACCUUUAAGAAAAAAGGAACUGAUGUAGCUGAGCCAGCAAAUCUAGUUGACGAAACUAAUGCAAUUGGGAAAUUCCAGACCUUUAAGGAUAAAGGAACUGAUGUAGCUGAGCCAGCAAAUCUAGUUGGCGAAACUAAUACAAUUGGGAAUUACCAGACCUUUAAGGAUAAAGGCACUGAUGAAGUUGUGCCAGCAAAUCCAGUUGGCGAAAAUAAUGCAAUAGGGAAAUACCAGACCUUAAAGGGCAAAGGAACUGAUGUAAAUGAACCAGCAAAUCUAGUUGGCGAAACUAAUGCAAAUGGGAAAUACCAGACCUUUAAGAAUAAAAGCACUGAUGAAGCUGAGCCAGCAAAUCUAGCUGGCGAAACUAAGUCGAAUGAGAAAUGCCAGACCUUUAACGACAAAGGAACUGAUGUAGCCGAACCAGUAAUUCUAGUUGGCGAUACUAAGGCAGUCGGAAAAUACCAGACCUUUAAGGAUAAAGGAACUGAUGUAGCUGAGCCAGCAAAUCUAGUUGGCGAAACUAAUGCAAUUGGGAAAUUCCAGACCUUUAAGGAUAAAGGAACUGAUGUAGCUGAGCCAGCAAAUCUAGUUGGCGAAACUAAUGCAAUUGGGAAAUUCCAGACCUUUAAGGAUAAAGAAACUGAUGUAGCUGAGCCGGCAAAUCUAGUUGGCGAAACUAAUACAAUUGGGAAAUACCAGACCUUUAAGGAUAAAGGCACCGAUGAAGCUGUGCCAGCAAAUCUAGUUGGCGAAAAUAAUGCAAUAGGGAAAUACCAGACCUUAAAGGACCAAGAAACUGAUGUAAAUGAACCAGCAAAUCUAGUUGGCGAAACUAAGGCAAUUGGGAAAUACCAGACCUUUAAGAAUAAAGGCACUGAUAAAGCUGAGCCAGCAAAUCUAGCUGGCGAAACUAAGUCGAAUGGGAAAUACCAGACCUUUAACGACAAAGGAACUGAUGUAGCGGAACCAGCAAAUCUAGUUGGCGAUACUAAGGCAAUCGGAAAAUACCAGACCUUUAAGGAUAAAGGAACUGAUGUAGCUGAGCCAGCAAAUCUAGUUGGCGAAACUAAGGCAAUUGGGAAAUUCCGGACCUUUAAGAAUAAAGACACUGAUGAAGCUGAGCCAGCAAAUCUAGCUGGCGAAACUAAGUCGAAUGGGAAGGACCAAGGAACUGAUGUAAAUGAACCACCAAAUCUAGUUGGCGAAACUAAGGCAAUUGGGAAUUACCAGACCUUUAAGAAUAAAGACACUGAUGAAGCUGAGCCAGCAAAUCUAGCUGGCGAAACUAAGUCGAAUGGGAAAUACCAGACUUUUAACGACAAAGGAACUGAUGUAGCUGAGCAAGCAAAGACAGUUGGCGAAACUACGGUAAUUGGGAAGAAUAAGACCUUUAACGACAAAGACACUGGGCCGGUGAAAAUAGAUGAAACUUAAGAUAAGAACACUUGUCAUAGGACGACUAUUGAAUCGGUUAAGCAAACAGUAUCUGAAAAUAAUGACAGAGAAAGUGGAAUCUCCACAAACGAUUUCUCUGAGAUAAUAGCCGACAAUGCUUACUAGUGUAGCUGAUCCAGUUAGGCUUGUGGUUGCUAACGAUAUAAAAACUUGUAACGGGACGAUUACAAGGCCUGCUAAGGCAAUGGUAGCUGACGAGACAACUAAGGAACUUGUAGCUUCUACCGAAGAUUCAAAUGAAACAUAUGGUGACAAUGCUGCAUUUGCAACUGAGCUAGUUGAGCCAAUGAAAGUGAAACAUAUGAAAUCUAAGUAUUCCGUUACUGGCAUGAAAGUCGACGAGACAGCUGAAAGACAUGGAACUUUUCGCGUGGUUAAUCAACUCUAGCGGCAAGUAAACUUAAAACGUGCGGUUUUAAAUAUCGGAUCAAACCGGUGGAGGAGGAAACGUGUAACUGACGGCAAUGAAAUAUAUGGGCUUCGGUCGCAAUGCAUAUGGGAGUUAGCCAUAUGAUAACAUAAGAUUGCGAAGAUUGCAAUGCUCUUGAAAACAUUUUAAAUCGCAUCAUAGUCGCACAUGAAUGAAGCGGACAUCCUUUACCUGCUUAAAGCACCAGUUUCAACAAGGCAACUGGGACUUGUAUUGAACUAUAUAGUCACUACAGAUUCAAGGAAUACGUUUGUUUUUAAAGCAGUGUAUGGUUGUAGAUGUCGGUGAACAUAAUGCUUAAGUAGAUGUGACUAUAUGUCUUUUACUUUUUUAUUUGUAAAGAUCUGUUCAUGCUAUAUGCUAAG